CUCUCAUUGCUUUUCCUGGACCCAUUUCUUCAUCCCUUCUCAACGGCCAGCCCGUCUUGAUGUGUAUAGGCCAUUUGGAAGCAUGUUCGAUGAUACGGUCGUGCACAGGCUGCAACUCAUACCAUUGGAUGUUGAUGCUCAGAUGGAAUCGGUUUGACGUCAGUCAACCGUCGAUCCUUGCUACUCACUCCUGCUCUUUUCCGCCGUCCUUCUUUCCGCCGCCCUCGCGCUCAUCGACCCCGUCAGAAUCGUUGGCUUCGCCCGCAUUGCUAGCAUUAGCUGUGCCAUGUUCGGAAGUCUCUUCGUUACCCUGGAGUUCGUUGGCUUCGGUAGCCUCGUUGGUGCGGCUUGCACCUGCAACCGCCUCUCCGCUAUCCUUGGAGUCGCUGGCAUCUGAUGCCUCACCAGCAAUGGGCUGUUUUCGAGCGCGCCUCGUGAAACGUCUAAAAGGCGCCCUCUUGCUCCAGUUUGCAGCCUGCUUGCCAUCAUUCUUGGAAGAAUUUCCGGCCUCGCUGCCUCCACCAACUCCCUCACUCGUCUUGCUGGUCUCGCUCUUCUCUAUGCUCCCGUGCUUGUGCUUCUUCUUGCCGCGACCCUUGGAGCGCUCGUUUGCCGGCUCACCAGAUCCAGCAAAGCCAGGAGCAUUCACAGCCCUAUUCUCGCCGGUUUCUCCGAAACCAUAA